GCUACACCAAGACUCUUAUUUUGAAAGCGGCACACCGGGAAACCUGAGGCACACUCGGUGAUCAGCUGACCGAAAUGUUGACAAAGCAAGUUGGCGGCCGGUGGAGGAAGCAGAAACCGCACCGACGGCUUCAGACUGACACGGCCGAAGUGUCCGGUGCUUCCUUCACGGACUCCUGUGAAACGGACGUGUCUGUGCUGUGACUCCUCUGAGCUCCCAUCGUUUCCUGUUUGCACAGCAGCUGGUGUCGAUUUAUGCCCAGAGUUGUGCUGUUUGACCUGUGAUCCAUGUAAAAGGUGCACAAAGAAGAGAAGGUGAACGCAGGGAAACAUGGACAUCCAGAGCGAGAGGAGGAGGCUGCUGGAUGCUGAAGGUGGAGAUGAGGAUCUCACGGGACUCAUGUCGGAGCAGGAUGCUUAUCUGAGCAAAGUGAAGAACAGGAAGUUGUACCUGGCAACGUUUGCAUCUGUUCUGGGUCCCAUGAGUUUCGGGUUCGUGUUGGGCUACAGCUCCCCCGCCAUCCCCGAACUCACCAAGAUCGCUGACCCACGGCUGCGGCUGGACGAUGUCCAGGCCUCCUGGUUUGGGUCCAUCGUGACGGUGGGAGCGGCGGCGGGCGGCCUGCUGGGCGGGUGGAUGGUGGAGAAGAUCGGCAGGAAGCUGAGUCUGAUGUUCUGCUCGCUGCCGUUCGUCUUUGGUUUCACCAUCAUCAUCGCGGCGCAGAACGUGUGGAUGUUUUACGUCGGCAGGCUGCUCACCGGCCUCGCCAGCGGGGUCACGUCCCUGGUUGUGCCGCUUUAUAUCUCUGAGAUGGCACACGAGCGAGUGCGUGGGACUUUAGGCUCCUGUGUGCAGCUCAUGGUGGUGCUAGGAAUCAUGGGAGUUUAUCUCGCAGGUCUCUUCCUGGACUGGCGCUGGCUGGCGAUCUGCAGCUCCAUCCCACCAACGCUGCUGAUGGUCUGCAUGUGCUUCAUGCCGGAGACGCCUCGCUUCCUGCUGUCACAGGGAAAGAGGCGGGAGGCCGAGGAGGCGCUGCGCUUCCUGCGAGGGCCGGACGCCCCCGUCGAAUGGGAGUGCGCUCGCAUCGAGGAGGCCUGUGAGGAGCAGGGCUCUAACUUCCAGAUGUCCGACCUGAAGGACCCGGGUGUCUACAAGCCUCUGGUGAUCGGUGUCAUGCUGAUGAUCUUUCAGCAGAUGACGGGGAUCAAUGCUAUCAUGUUCUACGCUGAGAACAUAUUUGAACAGGCACAUUUUAAGGAGAGUGACCUGGCCUCGGUGAUCGUGGGUCUGAUCCAGGUCGUCUUCACAGCAGUAGCAGCGCUGAUCAUGGACAAAGCUGGAAGGAAAGUCCUUCUCAUUAUUUCAGGUGUUGCCAUGGCGAUCAGCACCACAGCGUUCGGCGUUUACUUCUACCUGAUGUCCAAACAUCACAGCACCACCUCGCUGAGCCUCUUGAUGCUGGACGUCCAGGCGAAAGCUGGUGAAGAGCCCCACGCUGACCUGGCCUGGCUGGCCCUGGCCAGCAUGGCUGUCUUCAUCACAGGUUUUGCUCUGGGUUGGGGUCCGGUCCCGUGGCUGGUAAUGUCGGAGAUUUUCCCCAUCAAAGUGAGAGGGUUUGCCAGCGCUGUCUGCGUCCUCACCAACUGGAGCAUGGCGUUCAUCAUCACCAAAACCUUCCAGGAUAUGAUGAAUCUUCUAACCAGCGCCGGAACCUUCUGGUUGUUCGCCUCUGUGUGCACCCUCACCGUCAUCUUCACCAUCGCCUUCGUCCCAGAAACCAAGGGCAAGACUCUGGAGCAAAUCGAAGCCACGUUCAGGGGAACCUCAGGUCCAUGAACUUAACCGACAGCUGGGUGUAAAUGGUUGGAGGACGUCUGUCCUAAACCCUUCAACAUUAAAGAAUUUGAUAAUCAGGUUAUUAAAUAACAGGGGAAAUCCUUGACAGUGAGGUUGUGCUCCGAUGUGAAAUUCAGGCUCUUGGCAGCAGAGUGACUCAGAGAGAGCAGAUUCUGCACGGGGCUCGUUCCUGCUCUAAAACCUUUAGAUUGGAUUCUCAGACUGUGGUGGAGCAUAAAGUACUGAAAACCCAGUGCUGCCUUCAGUCAUAUCACUCUACACUGCCCCCUGCAGGUGUCACUGCUGUAAUUCACCUCUACGUCUACAGAUCAGCAACGUUUUUCUGUGCAGGUUUAAAAUGUCCUCAGGUGUUGGGCAGUUUGAUAGUUUCAAUAUACGCACUAACAUUUUUCAGAGAGUCACACAGAGUCUCUGUCCUUAGGGGUCUGAAUUCUUUACUGUGAGAGCAAAAUAAGUGUUAAAGGUAUACUCCAUCUAAAAUUUUACUCUCUAUCGCUCUUUAAAGGUAAUUGUUAAAAGUAUGUGUUUCCAUCUUUCAAAGAGAAAAUAGACAGUGGUGAGCUUUAAUUAUUGGCAUUAUGAUGGAUUCCAAAAGUGCAGAGUUUUUAUCGAGGCAAAAACAAAAAACAAAAAUGGCAGAAUGUCCGUGGCUGUUUCUCAAACUGCAGCUGCAGCGUAAUCUACUUUUUUCAGCGUUCAUCCAUAUUUUCAGCGUGUUGUUCUCUCCAGCUUCUGUCUGAAUCCUCAUGUAUCCCACUGAACUUUUACGCCACUUUAAUUCUCAUUUGAAAAGCAUGCAGUGACAUGCAGGGACUUGUGUUAACUCAAUUUGAUUCAGUGCCAAACUAUAAUUACUAUUCCUGCUUUGCCAAAUAAGAAUAAUGUCCAUUGUUCUUUUUUCUCAGAUUUAAAGAAAAGUCUUUGACGACUUUUGUCGAAACAAAACUUUUUGACAUCAGAAUUUUGUGAGAAGUGAAAGCAUCAUGAAUUAACUGGAGUCUGCUGUUUACACUGACUGUCCUGACUGUUAAUAUAACUCUGUAGUUUACUUCAUCAGAGAAAUCAGGUGAGAUUAAACCUCAUUAGGUUUUUUUUUUCAGCCCUUUUGCCUUUGUUGAGAUAAUGACAGUGAGAGAGACAGGAAAAUUAGAGAAGAGAGACGAGUCUGACAUGCAGCAAAUUCAAACUCGGGCCACUGCAGUAACAACUCAGCCUUAAUGGUACGCACUAUAUCAACACUAUCAUCAGUUAAAAACUACCAACUGUAAACUCUCAGUAGAAAGAACACGGGUGUGUUUUUGUAAUCAUUUUCUCUUGGGAUAUUCUUGUACAGGAAAUGUUUUAUGUUAUGUUUUUUCUUUUUCUUUUUUUUUUUUUUUUUACAGUUAAUAUGAUUUAAUGGGAUUUGUCUUGCUAUGAGUUCACUGAAGCUAGGAAACAGAUACACCAUUCCACUCUUUAAACCCUUUUCUGGAGCUGAAUGAUUAUAAUAUACAGUGUAUAAUUUACAAAUUCACUCAGCGUUCAGUCUGAAUAAGAUUAAAUGAAGCUCUUUGUUCCAGUUUCUCCACUGUGAAUUUCCAGGUUUGAGUUCAUCAUCCUGGAAUUGUACCAAAAACUGUCUGUGAAUAAAAUCUGUUGUUUUAAACAUACUGUGUUA